GGCAGAUAGAUGAUGGAAGAUGAAUAGAGCGACUAGCUAGCGACUAGCCAGCGACAAUAACAUCACAGCAUAGUAACUGGCAACAAUAAGCUGCAACAAGAAACCACUGAUUAAUAAACGCAGUUCGGAGCUGUUUAGAGGACCCACCUUCUGCAUAUUUGCCAUAUGAGCUAAGCAGGACAUCCAGUUGGUACUGUGGGCGUGCUAAUAACAAACCUUAGCAUGCACGGGAAGGAGUCCCUUUGGGUCUAUGCAAGAUUGAAACUGUCUGAAUCAACGGAAAACACACCAUUUCGAGAGGGCUGAGGCAACAGUGCCACCAUGUACUCGAGCCACAACAACCACAUGAAGCCCAGCAGCAGCAGCAGCAGCAUCACUGAGCUGCUGUCCGCCCUGUGUGACUCCAGCCUGACUGGGGUAUCAUGGAAACGCCGUGCCCUGGGAGGAGUCUCAAGAGAAGGUUUCCGCAGAGCUCUCAAGAAGUGUGCCUAUGGUGCCCUGCUGUCUAAGCUAUUCCAAGAUGGCACCAAAGGGUCUGCCGCAGGGCCGAGCGCCACAGCUAAUACACCACCCAGAAAUAAAGUCCUGAUGAUAUGUUUUGACUUGCGGGUGGCAGGGUGCCGAGAGGAGGCAGAGAGGUUGGAGGAGCAGCUGGGGAGGCUGCCCGAGGGAGCAUCCUCUGGCCUGGAGGAGGUAGACGCAGUCCUCGAGCUCCUGGUGCACUUGGCGGGUUCGGCUCCUCCUCCCCCUACCUCUUUCAGCAGGGACUACAUGAGACUAGAGAGGCCCGUGUUGCGGAGACCUCAACCCUGGGGCUACCAGAGUGAGGAGCUGCAGAGGCUGGAGGCCCGGGCGUGGGGUCUAGUGUGUGGGGAGGAAUGGGGGACUUUGGAGAGUUUGUGUGGAACUCAGAGGUUGAUGGAUGCCCCUCCAGGCACAGGACUGCUGGCUCUGAGAACUAAAUUGGAAGCGGAAGAAAGAUUUGAGCGGGAGACCAGGUUAUCGCUGUUUGGAGCACUGCAGCACACACGCACCUCAGACAUAGACAUAAGACUGGACCUGCCUCCCGUUCCCAGUAAUAUUGAUGUAACUGGGCUGACUAUAAGGGUCCCUUCCUGUUUAGAUCAGUCUGAGGAUGAGGGCUUCCAGUCAGCUUCCAACCUGACCCCAGACUCUCAGUCCGAGCCCAGCCCCAUUCCAGACGUUGAUAUAUGGGAGGCUCUCCGCACAUUUGAGCCAGGAAGACGCCGCUGCUGGGAGUCUGUUGGCUGCCCACCGGGAAAACGAGAGUCACUCUAUCUAACAGAGAGAGGCAGGGAGGCCUUUGACCAACUCUAUCGUCUCUGGGAGGGGGAGAUGAGGGUGGUCAGCACAAGUACACCCUCCCCUCUCCUCCCACUGCCCCUGGACUCUCAGAAACAACUGGUGUCUGACCUCCUCAACGUCUUGAUAGGAGUGACGUCCACGACCUUCCCUCUCAACCAGAGUGUUCAGUUUGACGUCAGACCUGGUGUGUGCGUGUCGGGAGCAUCUCCAGAGAGUGUGUCUCGUCUCUUGGGGGAGCUGGCCCAGUACGGCACCUACUACUUGAGGCUGAGCCGCUUUUCUCUGCAGAGUGCUGACAAAAAAGGACUAGUGUUUCAGGCUUUUACAGGUGGUCUGCGGAAGUAUCUGCAUUACUACAGGGCUUGUGUUCUCAGUACUCCACCCACCCUCAGCCUGUUGACUAUUUGCUUCCUCUUCCGCAAAGUCGGGCGCCAACUGAGGUACCUGUCAGAACUGUGCUGUGUAGAUGGACCUUUGGGUGCAGGCCAGGCCACCUUCCCUGUGGGCGUUAAACUGCUGUCCUACCUGUACAAUGAAGCACAGAAUAACUGCAGCAACGAGAACUAUCCAGUCUUGCUGUCGCUGCUGAAGAGCAGCUGUGAACCUUAUACGCGGUUUGUGUCUGACUGGGUAUACAGCGGCGUCUUUCGAGAUGUUUAUGGUGAAUUCAUGAUCCAGGUCAAUGAGGAGUAUCUCAGUUUCAGAGACAAACACUUCUGGGUCCAAGGCUACACUCUGAUCUCAAAGGAUGUGGAGGAUUGUGUGCCCCUCUUCCUGAGACACAUUGCAAAUGACGUGUACGUGUGUGGAAAGACCAUCAACCUCCUCAAGAUCUGCUGUCCACAGCACUACAUCUGCUGGUCAGAGCUGCCGGUGCCUCGCAUUGCUGUCACCUUCUCCCUCCAGGAGGUGGAGGAAAUUGAGAGGGACUGUGCUGUGUACCGCGGACGUCUGGAGACGGUUGCGAAGCACAGUGCCCUCAGCAGGGAGGAACAAGCCCAGCGAGUAGAGCAGGCACGCCAGGAGCUGAUCAAUCAGGUCAGAGAGUCAGCAGCCAGAACCCUGGAGAGCAUCCGCGGGCGGCAGGUGUCACAACGUCUGGCUGAGGAGGCCAAGAAGAGAGAGCGUUUUGAGGAGCUGAAACAACACCUGGAGCAGGAGCAAGAGUGGCGAAGUGCAGCCAAGAGGAAGCAGGAGGAUGAUGACUUUAGCUUUGCCAGAGAGGUGAGGGACAGAGAGAAGAGGCUACAAGCACUGGAGGAGCAACUGGAGCAGAGAGCCAGGAAGGAGCUGAUUGCCCAGUACAGCCGUCUGUCAGAGGAAGCAGCUGGCAGAGAGAGGCGGGCCAUGUGGCGGGUGCAGCGAAUGAGACUUGACGAAGCCCGGGCUCAGUUCUUCAUGCAGGACAGACAGCAGACUCAGGCAAUGCUAGAAAAAUAUCCUUUAGGCCAGGAGAGACCACCCAUGGAAAUAUUGCCAUCUGUUCCCUCAGCACAACAGACUGCACCACAACCAACACUGGAAUCUCCCUCUCAGGAUCGGCCUGAACAGCAGCCAGUGGAGACUGAAGAAUCUGAUGCAGUAUCACCACCGCUCGACCCAUCUUCAUCUGCCCUUAGAGUAGACCCUGCUCUCAUCUCUGAGGACAUUGACAUCAAUGAUUUUCUCGCUAAGUCACCAAAUCCUGACAGUCAGCACGUGGAUCUUGCCCUACAGGAGAUCGGCUCUGACCUACCUGAAGUGUGUCCUACAGCACAACUGGUAGACUAUGACUUCAGUGCCCCCUUUAGUCCACUUGAGGGUAUCAUUGGCCAAGCCUCCUCCCAGCCCCGGCCUCGGUGGGGACCUGCAGUCCAGCCUGAUCUGAUCCAAAACCACCCUUCUUUUUCUCACAUCCCCAUAGGAGAAAACAUAUCUCAAGUUCAGGAGAGGUUCCCCGAAGCCGGCCCCUUUGGUCAAGCCUCCAAAUCCAGCUUUCCUCUAGGCCAAUACACCCCAGAGGAGCCCCAAAAUACAUCUAAAGCAAGCGUUUAUGGACAUCCCUCUCAUUCCUCAGUGCAGCUCGUAGAUGGAAGUGGCUUAAGGCCAGACAACAAGCAUGCGGAAGUUGCAUCUGUUAUAGAACAGAAAUCUGAAAUGGGGAAUUUGGAAAGUAAAGUAGAGGCAAAAGAAAACAAGGGUAAACCUGUUGAGCAUACAGAAGAUGAUGUGGUUGAUACUGCCGCUUCUACCACACUAGAGCAAGGUGGUAAAGAUAAUGGUCACCACAAAGCGGUGACAAGUCUUUCACCUGAUACAAGCAGUCAACCCUGCAGUUCAGAUGCCCAGCAUGAAGCUGGUAAAAAUAUUUCUUUGCCAAACAUGCAUGACUCCAGUGCACACCUAAAAGCUGGCGAGCUGGUUUCAGAUGCCGUUGACCUGCAACCUUUGCGUAACAUCCAUGGACAUUCCUCUGAUGCUCACAUAAAGGUUGGAAUGUAUGUAUCAGGUGUAACUGCUCCUCUUCCACCCCCUAACAUCCACGGCCAUGCCUCAGAUUCACACAUCAAGAUUGGAACUCAUGUUUCCGAAGUUGAUCCUCCUCUACUUUCCUCCAGUGCUCACGGUCACUCUUCUGACUCUCACAUUAAAGUUGGGGAGAACAUUUCAGAUUUUGUCGCUCCACUUCUUAUUCCAAAUAUCCACGGUCAUGCCUCAGAUGCCCACAUUAAAGUUGGGGAUAAUAUUUCAGAUUUUGUCGCUCCUCUUCUUAUUCCAAAUAUCCACGGUCAUGCCUCAGAUGCCCACAUUAAAGUUGGGGAAAACAUUUCAGACUUUGUCGCUCCUCUUCUUAUUCCAAAUAUCCAUGGUCAUGCCUCAGAUGCCCACAUUAAGGUUGGAGAAAACGUCUCAGAUGUUGUUGCACUACUUCCUUCUCCCAGCAUCCAUGGUCACUCCUCUGAUGCUAAUAUAAAAGUGGGCGAGUUUGUUUCUAACAUACCCGAAGAGAGACUUCGUUCGAGUAAACAUGGGCAUGCCUCAGACUGCAUCCUUCAAACAGGCUGUGUAGUAUCUGGAACUGAACCCGCCUUGUCUGCUCUACCUGGAAGCUCCUAUGGUCACUCCUCAGACUCCGCCUUGGGUCUUGGAUGCGUAGUUUCAGGAGAUGAACCCAAACGUUCUCCUCUACCUGGCAGUGCCCAUGGUCAUUCUUCAGACUCAAAUUUAGGCAUUGGAUGUGUUGUGUCCAAAACUGAACCACUUCCAUCACCACUACCUGGCAGUGCCUACGGCCACUCCUCUGAUUCAACGCUGGGGGUGGGUUGUGUGGUGUUGGGAACGGUGCCGCAAGCCUUUGUACUACCAGGAAGUGCUUAUGGCCACUCAUCAGACUCUUCACUUGGAGUUGGGUGUGUGGUGAAGGGUAAAGACACUGGAAAUCAGCAGAAGAGAGAAGACAACGAAGAUGGUAAAGGUUCUAAGUCGGACAGCCCUGUCGAGCAGCUGGUUGAGAGCAUGGGCUCCUGGACAGCCGGCUUCGGUUUGUCCCCUGGAGAGAAGUCUGAGCAGGAAUACCUCAUGGCUUUGUCUACACAGUACCAGGUGGAACACUACGAAGACUGCUACAACCUAAUGGCUUCAUCCCCCGAGUGUCAGCUGCUGAAGCAGGUAACUCGGGGCCCCUGGGGCCUUCCUAUGGACCCCACACUCCGCAGAGCCACAGACACCACCUCUAUCCAACUCAGCGAGAUGGUUUCCCUGCCAGUUCUGAUAAAGCACUCUGUCACCACCCCACUCAUCACACAUGUAUCUUUGGUGAACAAGGCAGUGGUGGACUACUUCUUUGUGGAAUUGGGGGUGGAAAGACACUUUGAAGCACUGCGACACUUCCUGCUGAUGGAGGAUGGCGAGUUCGCCCAGUCCCUCAGCGAUCUACUCUUUGAAAAGCUGGGCAGUGGCCAGACUCCCGGCGAACUGCUGACCCCCCUGGUGCUGAACUCCAUCCUCAGCAAGGCCCUGCAGUACAGCUUACACGGGGACACCCCCUUAGCCGGCAACUUCACCUUCGCCCUGCGCUUCCUCCCGGAGACCUUCCACCCACACGCCCCCGAUUCUCUCAACUGUCUGGAGCUACGCUACAAGGUGGACUGGCCGUUGAACAUCAUCAUCACGGACAGCUGCAUGAACAAGUACAAUCGUCUGUUCUCGUUCCUGUUGCAGCUCAAACACAUGGUGUGGAGCCUCCGCGAGGUCUGGUUCCACCUCAAGAGAACGGCGCUGGUGAAAGGUGCCGGUCGCUCGGUGCAGUUUCAUCAGCUGCAGCUAUACAGACAUGAGAUGCAGCAUUUUGUCAAGGUGAUACAGGGAUACAUCGCGAACCAGAUCCUGCAAGUGUCCUGGAGCGAGUUCACAGCCAAGCUGGCCACUGCCAGUGACCUGGACGCCAUCCACCGCACACAUGCAGACUAUCUCAACAGAGCCAUCUUCAGGGGUUUGCUGACAGAGAAAGCAGCUCCGGUCAUGAACAUCAUCCACAGCAUCUUCAGCCUGAUCCUCAAGUUUCGGGCCCAGCUGAUCGCACAGCCCUGGGAGAGCCAGCAGGGGGAGGCAGUGCACCCCAGCUUCAUUGCCAUGCAGCAGUCGUACAACACCUUCAAGUAUUACUCUCACUUCCUUUUCAAAGUGGUGACCAAGCUGGUAAACAGAGGCUACCAGCCUCACCUGGAGGAUUUCCUCCUGCGUAUUAACUUCAACAACUACUACAAGGACUCCUGAGCUGAGCUUAUCCAAUGCAACAUUGUCCACCAUGAGUGUUUACAUCUUUAGAAUCCCCUAUAUGUGUUUAUAAGACAGAAGACAGAUAAUUAGACAUGUAUGACAAAUUACAAAAUACAACCAUUUACACCUGUACUGUAUACCAGGGAAUGGAUUUGAAUUUAUGUGCUUGAUGAAUGGCUUUACUCCUAAAUUGCCUGCUGCCAAAGUUUUUAAUUGAGAUAAAGCCGAUGCCUUCUGUAAUGCCUCCCAUGCUCAGGUGUGCCUCCAGCUGUGUAGAUUUUAAGUGCAUAUAAAUUAAAUGUCAUUAUAUGUAAAUAGAAAAGCAAAAUGCUUUGUUUAAUAAAUGCUCUAUUCUCUGCUGUGGA